GUGGGACAACCAACCAAAGCCUGAAUCCAGCGAAGAAAAGAAGAGACUGAACGUCGACUUACUGCGAAAGACCCUUCGCUUUUCCUUCUUCCUCCUCAUUUUCUCUUAGUCCUUUUGCUGUGUGAUAAAGUGUGAACAAUAUCACGCAUAAUUUAAAUUUCAAAGAUAUUGCGGCAUUUCUCAGAUCUAUUCAAUCAAUCAAUUCAUCAAUUCCUCGAUUCAAUCAAUCCAUUCAUCAUUUCUGACAAUUUCAUUCGAUUCAUUCCUUUGUCAUAGAUCUAUAGACUUUGAGUGGUUCAUCACUGUUGCAGUUCAGAAAUUUUGAAGAGAUGUUGCCAUAAAGCAUACGAAGACUUGCUUUUGAACAAGAAAUGGUGUGUAUUGUAUAACAAAAGUUGAGGACUGAACAUUUAGUUUCGUAAAAGGAUUAAGAAGAAAUGGCUCCAUCUUCCAAGGCAGAGAAGAAAGCAGCUGUUGAUGCAUCUGCUUGGAUGUUCAAUGUUGUCACUUCAGUGGGAAUUAUCAUUGUCAAUAAAGCUCUGAUGGCCACAUAUGGCUUUAGUUUUGCUACUACUUUGACGGGUUUGCACUUCACUGCCACAACUAUUAUGACUCUCGUUCUUAGAUGGCUUGGAAUCAUUCAACCCUCUCAUUUGCCAUUGCCUGAUCUGCUGAGAUUUGUUUUAUUUGCUAACUUUUCCAUCGUGGGCAUGAAUGUUAGUCUUAUGUGGAAUUCAGUGGGAUUUUACCAGAUUGCAAAAUUGAGUAUGAUUCCUGUAUCCUGCCUGUUGGAGAUUGUGCUCGACAAAGUUCGAUACUCUAGAGAUACAAAGCUCAGCAUAGGACUUGUUCUUGUAGGUGUUGGUGUAUGCACAGUUACUGAUGUUAGUGUAAAUACUAAAGGUUUCGUCGCUGCUUUGAUUGCAGUUUGGAGCACUUCUCUGCAGCAAUAUUAUGUACAUCAUCUUCAAAAGAAGUAUUCGCUGAGUUCUUUCAAUCUGCUUGGUCAUACUGCACCAGUACAGGCCGGAUCCCUGCUUCUAUUGGGUCCGUUCAUUGAUUAUUGGUUAACGAACAACAGAAUUGAUGCGUUCAACUAUACUUUACCAUCUGUGAUUUUUAUAACCCUCUCAUGCACAAUUGCUAUUGGGACAAACUUGAGCCAAUUUAUCUGCAUUGGAAGAUUCACAGCAGUAUCCUUUCAAGUACUUGGCCAUAUGAAGACGAUCCUUGUUUUGAUUCUCGGUUUUAUCUUCUUUGGAAAAGAGGGUCUGAAUAUACACGUGGUCGUGGGUAUGAUCAUAGCUGUAGCAGGGAUGGUCUGGUAUGGCAAUGCCUCCUCAAAACCCGGAGGCAAAGAGCGCCGUAGCCUGUCGUUGCCUAAGCAGCAAAAGAAUGGAGCUGAUUCUGCACAACUUGAUGAUGCAAAGGUCUAACCAUUUAUCCCCUUUUUUCCCCCACUCACAGUGGAACAAUUACAUGAGAUGAACUUCAGGGAUUUAAAAAUAUAUACUUCACAUAUGAUGUGAGAUUUAGAUUUCAAGUAGACCUUAAAUCGCCCUGUGAUUAGAUUUUUACGCAAUUUUUGCUUUUAUAGUUUGAUUAUAUCACAUAUUUACAUGAUUUUAUUGUGAACUACAUACAGUGUUAGAUUUUUGAGAACAGAUCUAUUGAUAGUUGUCUUAAUUUAUAAAAUACUAGUUAUUCUUUUA